ACCCACCCUGAUGAUGACUCACUAGACCUUAGUCAUCAUGGGACCACCUCAAGCAGAACUGUGACCCAGCAGCCUGUUCCUCAAGGACCAGAGUGUACCCUGAGAUGUUCCCAAGGAGCUCCAUCGCCCAAUGUCAUCAGUCACCUGGGCCUUGGGCAGGGUUUGUGCUCAGUUGACACAUCACCUCUUGCCAGAUGAGCUGUGUCCAGUCCCGUGUUCCUACUCUGACCUUGUGCAGUUGGCAGUCCUGGGGUCUGUUGAAUUUAGCUGAGUCCUAGUCUGUUGAAAUCCUGUUGACCCUUGAUCCUGUUAUCAAUAGCAUUAGGUAUCUUAAGUUGUGCAAUCCGAUGAUGAUGUCUUCAUCUGGGCACUGAUUUUAAACAAGCCCAAAGGCUAACUAUGAUGUAUUUGUUAAUACUCUGAAGGAAAUGAUCAUUCUACUGGGGACAACCCACUCUACUCUGUUUGCCUAGCUUUCUCCCACUUUGGUUGAACCCUUGGGAUCUUAAGCGGUGACCUUAGAAAUCCACCCAGGGGAAUUUACUGAGAUCAGUUUUGAUGCCAACUGAGACAGUCCAGCAGCCCACCAUUCAAUCAUUCAACAGAAAUUCACAGAACUCUAAUUCCAUGCCAUGCCCUGUGCCAGAUGCCAGAAAUAUAGCCAUCUGUUCCUCCUGUGCCAGAGCACCCACCAGUGCUCAGCCUGUGGCCAGCUCACUGUUGGAGGAAGCAGAAAUGAGAAUGAACACUCCCCAUCCUUUGAAAAGUGUGAUGUCAGGGAGCAGUGUGGUCCUGUGGGGCAUCCAUUCCAGUAAAGGAGAGUGCCAGAGAACCAGGGAAGGCUUCCUAGAAGAGGUGACAUAGAAAUUAUGUUCUGAAGGUUGAGAAGGAGUGCAUGUCAUUCAUCAUAUUUGGGAGUUGGAGUAGGGGUGGAGCUGUCCACCAGUGUGUCAGCUUUCCACAUCAGUCUCUUUUCAAAUGGAGCCCCCCUCUUCUUCCAUGCAACAUCAAGCAGUUCUGACCUUCCUUAGGACUUCAGCACUUCCUUGGAUUCUGCUUAAGUGACCCUCUUGUUGCCAUUUCAUCUCUCCCUAAGCCAUUCUGCAUGAUGGCAGCAUAAACUCAUUUGCCAGUAGCUGCAACUGUGACAAGACACAGCUCGGGCCCAGGAGGUCGACCAUGAAGAGGACGGCAGCUGUCACUGCCAACUUCAGAAGUCCCACCCUUCUAGUCUCCCUUCAGGGCAAGGCAUGAAUCUAGGCUGAGCCUGAGCCUCUUUUAGGACUCCAAACAGCAGGGAAGGUCAAGCUAGUAGGUGGCACUGCUGGGAUUUCAAUUGGGGCUCUCUAGCAGCACAGCCUGUGCUCUGGAUAAACCCCCAGGGGAGAGGGACCCCCUGGGUCCCAGGAGCUAUCUGCAGAGAUAGAGAGUUAGGGGAAAGCCUAAGCUCUUACCUCCCAGGCAGCCCUCUUUUCUAAGCCCCCAAUUACCUCCUCACAAAAGUAGUCCCUGAUAGUUACUUGAUCCAGUGAAAAUCCAUCCCUUAAGACUACAAUUCCAGAAGAGGAGUAGCCCCUGGUCAGUUUUGGCUAUUGUGCUGCUUCCUGGACUUUGGUAUUGAUGCUCAGUAAUGCUGGGAAUCCACACUCUUCUUGGUCUGACCCUGUAACCUGUGGACCCUGGCACCAACAGCAACCCCUCUCUGCCUGCCUGGAAGCAUGUCUCUUCUCUGCCAGCAGGGGAGAGAGGGGAGGAGUGACAGAGGAGGCAACUGCCACCUACAGGAAUUUUUUUUUUCUGCCUCCUAUUCCUGGUCUUCAAGGCCAGAGAUCCCUUCCUUGCUUUCCUGUUGUUGGGUUCUGCAAAACAUCUCCGUAUUUGUAUAACAAUUCUUAUCUUUAUCACACGAGUUUAGGUGUGUUAUUUUUCUUUGGGACCAAAGAGAGAUGCCACUAGCUGUUAAAGGUACAGAUUAUGCAGCCUGAUCACAAGCCUGAAUGCUGCCUCUACCACUUUCCGAUUGUUCUGGUUUUUGGGGAAGCCACUCAGCCUCUCAUCUUAGGUUCCUUAUCUAUAAAAUGGGAACAAUACUAGUGUUCUAUGUAUAGCAUGUCUGUGAAGGGUUACUUUAUACAGGGAACGCACAUAGAACAGAGUCUGCUACAUAUUAGGUGCUCUAAAUGAUGACCCCUAUAAUUCUUUGCCUCCUGGACACUUCUGAUAGUGCAAGAGGCUCUAUUAAUAAUUUCGCAGGGACUACAGGUAUAUAUUUGGAUGCCCCAGGCAAACUAGGCCAUAUGGCCACCCUAUCUAAAAGUAAAAACAAAGAAAACCCUAUUUUCAUCUCAUUUGUCCUUCAAACAAUCCUGGAGGGACACAGUAGGCAGGGACUGUUAUUUUUCUCUUGGAGACAAAUUUAAACCAGUAAAAUUGUCCAAGGUGGGUAUGGAGGGCGAGGGCCUGGGCUGGGGAUGGACACAUUGACCUGCAUGGCUGACAUGGAACUGGAAAGCUGAUUCUGGAUGAAAAAGGUCAGGGUUUUGUUUCCCUUCCUAUCUUCUUGAUAGAUGGUAUGUCCUUUGAAAUGUGAUAUCUCCAAGGUCUAUAAGACUGUCACCAUCCUGGGAAUGUGUCACUCUGUGGGUAGGACAGUGGGAAGGGUCCUGAAGGUGGGGGCUGGAAGGCUGCCAAAAUGACCCAAGCAACAAGGCGGGGGCUCAAGAGUUAUAAGUGGUUGUGACAGGGCCUCGCACAGGUCUUCAGCCAUGCUGUUUCUUGGGCUGUUGUUGCUGCUGACACUAUUGGCUGGCAGCCGCCUGCUGUGGGGCCAGAGGAAACUCAGGGGCUUCCACCUCCCUCCUCGUGCCCCAGGCUUCCUGCACUUUCUGCAACCCAACCUCCCCAUCUAUCUGCUCAGCCUCACUCGGAAACUUGGGCCCAUCUACAGGCUCCGCUUGGGGCUUCAGGAUGUCGUGGUGCUGAACUCCACCAGGGCCAUCGAGGAAGCCAUGGUCAGAAAGUGGGUGGACUUUGCUGGCAGACCCCGAGUACCAUCCUACAAGCUGGUGUCUCACAACUAUCCAGACCUGUCACUAGGGGACUACUCCCUGCUCUGGAAGGCCCAUAAGAAACUUGCCCGCUCAGCCCUGCUACUGGGUGUCCGUGAAUCCAUGGAGUCCCUGCUGAAGCAGCUGACUCAGGAGUUCUGUGAGCACCUCAGAGUCCAGGCCAGUGCCCCUCUAGCCAUCCACAAGGAAUUUUCUUUCUUUGCCUGUAACAUCAUCUGCUGCCUCACCUUUGGAAAAAAGGAUGACACCCUGGGACAUGCCAUUUAUAAUUGUGUUCAGGAUGUCAUGAAAGCUUGGAACCACUGGUCUGUCCAAAUUUUGGACUUGGUUCCCUUCCUCAAGUUCUUCCCCAACCCAGGGGUCUGGAAGCUGAAGAAGAUCAUGGAAAAAAGGGACAAAAUUGUAGAGCAGCAGCUGAGGCAACACAAGGAAAGUUUGGUGACAGGCCAGUGGAGAGAUAUGAUAGACUACAUGCUCCAAGAGCUGGGGCGGCCGAGAGAGGACAGUGGUUCUGGACAGCUCCUUGAAGGGCACGUGCACAUGGCCGUGGUGGACCUUUUCAUCGGUGGCACUGAGACCACAGCGACCACCCUCUCCUGGGCUGUGGCUUUCUUGCUUCACCACCCUGAGGUUCAGCAUCGACUGCAGAAGGAGCUGGACCUCCAACUGGGGCCCGGGGCUUCAAGCUCUCAGGUCCUAUAUAAGGACCGAAUGCGACUGCCCUUGCUCAAUGCCACCAUCUCAGAGGUGUUACGCCUUCGGCCUGUGGUGCCCUUGGCCUUACCCCACCGCACCAUCCGGCCCAGCAGCAUCCUUGGCUAUGACAUUCCUGAGGAUACAGUCAUCAUCCCUAACCUCCAAGGUGCCAACCUUGACGAGAUGGUCUGGGAGCGGCCACAGGAGUUCUGGCCUGACCGAUUCCUGAAGCCUGGCAAGAACCCCAAAGUGACAUCCUUUGGCUGUGGGGCACGCGUGUGCCUAGGAGAACCGCUGGCGCGUGUGGAACUCUUCAUGGUGCUGGCCCACCUGCUCCAGGCCUUCACACUGCUGCCUGAGGGUGCCCUGCCCUCUCUGCAGCCCCAGCCCUACAGUGGUGUGAACCUCCUGAUGCAGCCUUUCCAGGUGCGGCUGCAGCCCCGGGACCUGGGGGCCCCAGGGCAUGACCAGUGCCAGUGAUGGGGCAGGAUCAGUGCCAGCCAGGUGCCUCAGUUUCUCCUUUAUUGCUCCCAUAGAAACCCCUCCCCCUCCCCCCUGUAAACAUGAUGCUGUGAGGUCACAGGCAGAGAAGGCUUCCUCUGGUGGCUGGGAGGUGGAGGCAUCCCUGGCUCUUCUCUGGGUGUGACCCCUCAGUGCUCGGCAGUCAUACUGGGGUGUGAGAGAGGUGGGCAGCAGCUCAGCCUCCCCCUACAGGGGACCGAUAGCUUCUUGGUCUUAGCUUCAUUUCCGUAAAGGGUACAGAGAACUCAAAGCCCUUCCAGUGGUACCAGCUCACUCCCUGGGGAAAGUUUGGCAAGAGUCAAAUCUGGAUAUCUCAUCUGUCCCUACCCCUGCCCCUUUAGGAAGUGAUUCCCAGAGAUCUAUCCACUCUCCCGGUACCCUGCCCACCUUCCAUUGCAAUCCUCAGCUGCCCAGGACUGAGGUUUAAUCCUGAGCUGGCCUUUUUCACCUAAUAAAUCAUCUUAUUGGGAUAACUCA